AUGCACAGACUCAGCAAUUUGCUCAGGCAGCGGUCUCUCAGGCCCACUGCCAUCCCUAGAAGCUUAAACAGCUCAAAUAGAUAUUUAUCUCAGUCCCCCAUCCUCCGCAGAGACGAUAAGCGCCAUGAUGAGAAGAAACGCAACGACCAAGACGACGAAGAAGACUCAACUGACUCCAAGAAAUCAUCCGACAAACGCAAAAAGGACAAAAACAACGACAAAGACCAGGGCUCAGGUUUCCCUGGUGGUUUUCCUGGCGGUGGCGGUGGUCCCCACACCGAGAUACGUAUCAACGGUCAGCAACUCCUUAUGAUGGGCGUUGGUACCUACUUCACCUACAAGCUUCUCGUUCCGGAAGCAGGCGAGAGAGAAGUUACUUGGCAGGACUUCAGAACUGGCUACCUCGAUAGAGGUUUGGUUGACAGACUCACCGUCGUCAACCGUAACAGAGUUAGAGUCAGCCUUCGUGGUGACGCUUCCUCUUCCUCCGGUCUCUAUUUCUCCAUUGGCAGCGUUGAUGCGUUUGAACGUCACCUCGAUGAAGCUCAAAAGGAGCUUGGCGUUCCAAACAACGAAAAGAUUCCUGUCGCUUACCACGAAGAGACAUCUCCACUCAACAUGAUCUUGCACUUCGCUCCCACUCUCCUUUUUGCUGGUUUGCUUUACUGGAUGAGCAGAAGAGCCGGCGGUGGCAGUGGCGGUGGCGGCGGUAUUUUUGGAAUUGGUAAAAGUAGAGCUAAACUUUUCAAUCAGGAGAGUGAAAUUGGUACACGAUUCAAAGAUGUCGCCGGUAUGGAUGAAGCCAAAGAGGAAAUCAUGGAAUUCGUUAAGUUCCUCAAAGAACCAGAGAAGUUUGAGAAAUUAGGCGCUAAGAUUCCACGCGGUGCUAUCCUUUCUGGUCCACCUGGUACAGGUAAGACCCUCCUCGCCAAGGCAACUGCCGGUGAAGCUGGUGUACCUUUCCUCUCUGUCUCAGGUUCAGAGUUUGUUGAGAUGUUUGUCGGUGUUGGUCCUUCUCGUGUACGUGACCUCUUCGCAACAGCACGCAAGAACAUACCGUGUAUCAUCUUCCUAGAUGAAAUCGACGCCAUUGGUAAAUCUAGAGGCAAAUCUGGUGGUAUGGGUGGCGGAAAUGACGAGCGUGAAAGUACCUUGAAUCAGCUUCUAGUUGAGAUGGACGGUUUUGCCUCCGAUCAGCACGUAGUUGUCCUGGCCGGUACAAACAGACCAGAUGUUCUUGAUCCUGCCCUCAUGCGUCCAGGUCGUUUCGACAGAAAUAUCACCGUUGACAGACCAGACGUCGGUGGCCGCUCUCAAAUAUUCCUCGUCCACCUCCGUCCACUCAAGCUAGACACCACCCUUAAGAAGGUCGGACCUCCAUCUGAAGACAGCGACGCCGGACCAAGCUCGAGCGUCGGCAGACCAACCACAGAUUUCCCAACGCCUAAUCCAGCGCUAUUCCAGCAGACGUCGAUGGCCUUCUCAGGAGCAAAUAACGAUGUAACGGGAGGACCUGUUGUGAUGGCGGAGGCUGUUGAAGAUGACCUCACUCCAGCUGAGCGUCGUGAAAGGGAUGCAAGGAAAAUGAUCACGUCAGACAACCCCUACAGUAACCUUGCCCACAGACUCGCGCUUCUCACUCCAGGAUUCUCAGGUGCGGAUAUAGCCAACGUGUGCAACGAAGCUGCACUAUACGCUGCCAGGAAGGGAGCUGAGUCAAUAAAUCUGAUGCACUUUGAGCAAGCGAUAGAGCGAGUAAUUGCUGGACUUGAGCGCAAGAGUCGAGUUUUAGACAAGGAGGAGAAAAAGACGGUAGCAUACCACGAAGCUGGACACGCUAUCUGUGGGUGGUUCCUCGAACAUGCCGACCCGUUAGUAAAAGUAUCCAUCAUUCCACGCGGUGUUGGUGCACUCGGUUAUGCUCAAUACCUCCCUAAAGAGCGCUUUUUGUUCACUACGGAACAACUCAUUGACAGAAUGUGCAUGACUUUAGGUGGACGUGUUUCGGAAGAGAUCUUCUUUGGUAGAAUUACUACUGGUGCGCAGGACGACUUGCAGAGAAUCACCAAAAUGGCUUUCGAAGUGUGCGCUAAUUAUGGUAUGAACUCUGAAAUAGGUCCUGUUAGCUAUGGUGGUCGCGAGGGCAGCAGUGAAGGAUUCCAGAAGCCGUUUAGCGAGAAGACGGGCGAAAUGAUUGACUUGCAAGUUAGGAAUAUGAUCACUGAGGCACAUAGACGUACACACGUCCUCUUGGGUGAGAGGAAGGAACUAGUGGAGAGAGUAGCACAGAAGCUGUUGAUAAAGGAGGUGCUUUCGAGACAAGACAUGAUUGAUCUGCUUGGGCCACGUCCUUUCGAACAUACAAAAGAUGAAUUGGAUAAGUUCUUGGAGGGCGAUAUCAAAAAAGCACCAUCUGAUACACAGACUCAAACGGAAUCGCAGUAA